ACGUACCGUUCUAGCAUCAUAAUCGUAGAGAGCUCUGUAAACCCGUACUCUUCCAGGUUUUGGUGCAGGCCUCGGAGGAGCUGCAGCAGCCAUCGUCACACUGCCUUCCGCGCGCGAAUUGUCGACUGACGUCACCGCGGCUGAAUUGAUCGAUAAAAGUCACACCUUCCAAACGAAGAUCACCAACACGGAAAUGGAUAAAAAAGAUGAAGAAUCCGAUGAAGACGAAGCAUUUCUGCAUUCUUCUAUGGAAAUUCUCGAUGGAAUAUACAGGGGUGAUGAGGUGCGUCAUAAUACUAAUCUAUCGAAGUUUCCAAAUUGCAAAGAGUGA